GCAGCCUCCUCUCCUCCCCUCUCUCAAAACCUCUCUCCUCCUUUGGAGUUGUCUCUGUAGCAUCCCACAAAAAGCCAACUCCAAGACCCUUUCUUCCUCCUUCCUUCCCUCUCACAUCUCUCUUCUUGAUUCCUCAUUGCAAGCUCAUGCUAGUAUAUUAUAGUACUCCCAUUCUCUCCCAUUUGUUCUUUCGCCGAUCUCUUCUUGUUGUCCUUGUUCUUCUUCUUCCUCCUCGUCGCCAGCUAUAUAGACGGAGUGCAAGCUAGCCAUUCCGUUUCCAUCGUCUAAGAGAUCGUGCUCAGACGAGAACAGGAAAGGAAAGAGGGAUUUUUUUUUGUUUGCCCUUCUUGUUUCCUUGUAAGCUGCCAAGAGUACCUACCUGGGACUCUUGGAGAGGUGGCCAUGUUGGGUUCUUGCGCCCCGACGGCCGGGCCGCCGCUGCCGGACGAGGCGACUACGCCGGAGCCGUUCCGGUCGCUGCAGAUCGCCACGGCCGCCGGUUCGACGAAGAAGAAGCGACGGCCGGCCGGCACGCCAGACCCGGACGCGGAGGUGGUGUCGCUUUCGCCGAGGACGCUGCUGGAGUCGGACCGGUACGUGUGCGAGAUCUGCAACCAGGGGUUCCAGCGCGACCAGAACCUGCAGAUGCACCGGCGGCGGCACAAGGUGCCGUGGAAGCUGCUGAAGCGGGAGGCCGGCGAGUCGGCGCGGAAGCGGGUGUUCGUCUGCCCGGAGCCGACGUGCCUGCACCACGACCCCUCCCACGCGCUCGGCGACCUCGUCGGCAUCAAGAAGCACUUCCGCCGCAAGCACAGCGGCCACCGGCAGUGGGCGUGCGCCCGCUGCUCCAAGGCCUACGCCGUCCACUCCGACUACAAGGCCCACCUCAAGACCUGCGGCACCCGCGGCCACUCCUGCGACUGCGGCCGCGUCUUCUCCCGGGUGGAGAGCUUCAUCGAGCACCAGGACACGUGCAAUGCCAGCCGCGGGCAGGCGGCGGCGGCGGAGGCGGGGAACGUGUCGACGGCGUGCGGCGUAGCGGUGUUGGAGCGGGAGAAGGAGGACCAGCAGGCUGCGGCGGCGGCGGUGUCGCUGUCGCGGACCGCGUCUAGCACCAGCCCAUCCAGCGACGUUGUUGUCAGCCCCGUCGCCUGGCCCGGGGCCCCGGCGAUGCCGAGUCCCAAAGCUGGCGCGUUCCGCGGCCGGUUCGACAAGGCGCCGUCGCCGCCGUCGUACGAUCAUUACCGUGGCGGCGCCGCGCACAGCCUUGAGUUACAGCUCAUGCCUCCGUUCAAUGCAGCCGGCGCCGCUCCGGGGAUGGGGGCGUGCUACUACGCGGCGGCGGCGGCUCACCAGUCGACGGUUGUUUCUCAGGGUAACGACGCCUCCACGCAUCUGGAGCUCUCCAUCGGCGUCUGCAGCGGCGAUGACCUCAUGGGCGCAGCUGGGCAGAGCGGGGAGGCGUCGGCCGCGGUCACCGCGAAGGAGGCGGCGCGGGAGCAGCUGCGGCAGGCGAUGGCGGAGAAGGUCGCGGCCGACGAGGCCCGCGCGCAGGCGAGGCGGCAGGUGGAGCUCGCCGAGCAGGAGCUGGCGACGGCCAGGCGCAUGCGGCACCAGGCGCAGAUGGAGCUGAGCCGCGCCCACGCGCUCCGCGACCACGCCGUGCGGCAGGUGAACGCCACGCUGCUGUCGAUCACCUGCUUCAGCUGCCGCCACAAGUUCCGCGCGGGUGGCGCGGGGCCGCCACCGGCCGCCAUGAGCUCCGAGGUGGCCUGUAGCUACGUGUCCUCCGUCGUCACCGAGGGCGGCGACGCCGACGAGUCCCUCGACGUCGACGCCACGCGGAGGCGCCUACAGCACACUAACAUGGACAUGAUAUAGCUACCUCCUCGUCGGACGAAAGAAAAACACAUCCAGCUAGCUCGCCCGCCAUGCAUCAUCUUCGUCUACCUCUGAAUCGCUUCUUGUCUCACCCAUCAAGAUGACGCAUGGCGAGAGAUAUACGCUGCUGCAUGCUGCUAGGUUAGCUAGUGCAAUUUUUUCUUGUGUCUUUCUUCCCGAGCUGCAUGCAGACCGGAAAGCUAAGCAGGGCUUGCUAAUCGUGACGUGCAUGGAAUCUUUUUGUUGUUUGCUUCCUAUUGGACUUUCCCGAGACAGCAUUACUGAGAGCAGUCGAGAGUUGAUGCCGUUGUAAAGUGUCAGGUACCAAGAAACCGGUGACAUAAUUCACGACAACUUGUUCAAUGCCUGUUUAAUUCCUUUUGAAUUUGGAGAAACAAAACUUUUGAGUAUUUGUGCUGCAUUUGAUCGAGCCAGCUGGAGGAAAAAGGGAAAAGGGAAGCAUGAGACGAGUUGGAACUUGGAAGUUGAUGGAAGAAUCAUAUAUCUGAGCAGACGGCGAGCAGCUGGGCGCUUAAACGAUUGAGAGAGAGCUUAUCGUUUAAUUGUUUGAAAACAUGCUUACGAAAGGGUUUAG